CUCUUUACCUGCUACUCUAAUACUAGUCUCAACACAGUCUUUGGACAAAAAGAAUAUUUUAUUAUGAUGAAUCUCGACAUCGUAUUUCGAAUCUGCAAUAUCAUUGUAGGGUGUUUCAUGAUUAUCGGUGGUCUUUUCACCAUUUUUGCUGGAGGGUUUCCAAACUUUAUCAGAGGCAUCUUCUGUAUGCUCUUUGGUAUUAUGGUGUUCGGUUUUGAGUUCAGACUCCCAGCCGUCGCCGCCCAGCACGUUUCGUUCAUGUUCAGCUUCUUCGGCCGUGGUAUCUUUUACAUUUUCAUAGGAUGCAUUAUGCUCAACUAUUAUGCGGUUGCCAUAGCGUCUGGUGUGAUCGUUGCCUUAGUUGGAAUCGCGUUUGUGAUUCUCCAGUUUGUACCGCGUGUGGAACCACCGCCUAAUAUGAGAAGAAAGGCAUUUGACGAUACUAUGCAAGGCUAUUACAAUGAUGCUCCUUCAGACUAUCCCACCGGCCAACCAGGUCAGUAUAACAACGCAGGCUCGGCUGGUUACUACCAACAAAAUCCAACCAACCCACCCCAGCAAACUUAUAACGUUGGCGGGGUUGUCUAAGUUGUAAAUGAGGGGUACUCGGUAUUACUUUCUCCGACCACACUGUCAAGACCUUGUGAUCUCACACCAACUUCUUUGCGUGUGACAUUAACCAUUUUUUGACUGUUUAUAAAUUUGAAAUUGUGUUUCCCUUUAUCUUUUCUGUUAUUACUAUGUACAUCAUGAAGUGGCAGAAUACUUAAUCGAUUAAUUUUAUGGUGAUUUAUUAUACUAAAAGAUUACAUAUUAUAUGAUGA